AUGUCUGCGAGCACCAGCAGUCGUCCGCCAGUGGCGCCCACAACGCCCAUCUACGAUGGCUAUGCCACGAUACGAGCUCGAGGACUCACGCGCUCCCGUUCCAUACGCGCCGCCGAAGCCACCGAAGCAGCGGCAUCCGCUCAGCCCCACGAGCUGCUGCGCCCGCCACAUGCGGAGCGCAAACGAACGCUCUCCCUUAUGAGCAACUACAGCCAAAGCUCGACGGGUUCGGGAUCCGGUGGGAAUGAGGAGAUCUAUGCUCGAGCCAAGCCCGUGCGCACCCCCACCAUAGGUCUGGAGCUGGAGCCCAUCUAUGCCAGCACUGCGGCCAACUUCCGCCCGCUGUCGGAUGCCUCCAGCUCCUCCGGAGGCGGCAGCAUGCCCUGCGACUAUCAGAGCGUGAAGAAGAACUCACGCUUCUCGCUGGACUCCCUGCAGAGCAGUGCGACGCCCAAAACGCCCGACUAUAAUACGGCCGGCGAAGAGGAGCCCAUCUUUCUGUAUACCGCUCCGGACAGCCCUAAACGGCGCUUGGACAGCGGUCUGCGCAGCUCCUACGACAGCUCGGAGCGCGGCUGCUACUCACCGGUGCCCAAGCCAGCGCUCUCUUUUGAUAUGCAGGAACAGUCGCCGGCCAAGACCCGACGCACCCCGGUGCGGCACAGCUCCGUCAGCUCCACGGGCAGCUGCGCGCAAUAUCAGCGCGCACAGUCGCUGGGCGAGGGCCGAGAGGGUCGUCGUCCACUCACGCUCUUGGGGCUGAACUCCAUGCCACUGUCGCCCAGCUUGCCACCACCGGCGCCGGUGCGUCGCGAGAGUCUCUAUGCCAAGCCAAAGAUGUGCGGCUCCUCACCCACACGACCACCGCAGCCGCGGCUCAAUCUCUACGAGCUGCCUGUGGUGCAACCGCAGCCGCAACGCAGCAGCAGCGCCGAAAUCUUGGAACGCUCCUAUACAAGCCAAAGUCUGGCCACCAUCGACCAAGAUGAAAUACUCGUAGUGCCCAGUGCCAUGCCCAUGUUGCCCGCCUCCGUGGAUCGUCGCUAUCACACCCUCGGCCACAUGCGGGUGAAAAGCUUGGGAGCUGGCCUGCAUCGCAGUCUCGAUGUGCCAAUGGGUUCGUUGCUGGACAUGCCGCACAACGGCUACUACAUGCAGUCCACCUGGCAUCCAAAUAAUCGGUCUGCUGGCAACAUAUAUGCCUCGGCCGAGGCGGCCGUCUCCGAUCUGAAUCGCAUGGCCCCCGAAUACAUGGAUCCCCUGGACUUCAAGAUCGGCUGUCAGACAACGCUGAGGAGUAAGCCACUCAUACCCUGGUACGAGUUGGCCAUACGCCGAGACUUUAAGCGGCAGUCGUGUCCACCCAUGAGCGGAGGACUGUGCCUGGCGCAGCAGCAUCAACUGGACACCAGUCCAAUGGAGGAACAGGCACAUGUGGUGUCCGCUUUCGAGCAAUCGCUGUCGAAUAUGACGAAUCGCCUACAACAACUGACAGCCACAGCGGAACGCAAGGAUGGCGAGCUGACGGACAUGCGACAGACCAUCGAGCUGUUGCGCAAGCAAUCCAUACAAGCAGGUCUAACCACAGCCCACAUGCAGAGCAUGGGUGUUCAGACUCAGGGUCAGAGUCAAAACGAGCUGCUCAACAGUGCCAAUGCGAAUGCUGGAGGACUUGGGGCCUGUGGUGGGGGUGCUGGAUCAGCGAAACCACCGCAGAUGCCACUCAACGGUCGUCAGCCUGGCAGCAAUGGCUUGGGGAAUGGCGUGGGUAUGCAACGCCAGCACAGCACCGACUCCAUGUGCUCCCUCAACUCGAUCAGCUCGAGCUGUUCGGCCCAGGACAAGAACAAGGCGAAGAAGAAGGGCUGGCUGCGCAGCUCCUUCACCAAAGCCUUCUCACGCAAUGCCAAAAUAUCGAAGACUAGUCGCCAUGUGGGCCAUCAUCAUCACCAUCAUCAGCAGGCCGAGCAUGGCUCCACGAAGACCUUGCACAACGGUCAUGGUGAGCAUUUGGGGCUGGCCUCUUUGGCCACACAGCCGGCACCACCCAACAGUGGCGCCAACACGGGUGGCUCGGCCAGCAAGCAAAGCAGUCCGGCCAAGACACUGAUGCUCAUAGACAAUGCCAAACCCAUCGAUGCCAUCGAGCAUGAGGAGCAGCAGGUAGAGGAGUUGAAGAAACAGUUGCGCGAGAAGGAUCUGGUACUCACAGACAUACGCCUCGAAGCGCUCAGCUCCGCCUCCCAGCUGGAGACUCUCAAGGAGAUGAUGAACAAGAUGAAAGCCGAAAUGAUGUCGCUGAAGCAAAAUAACGAGCGUCUGCAGAAACUUGUGACCAGUCGCUCGCUGGCCGGCUCCGAAGCCAGUCUGGGUCAGCCCAUUAGUCCGAAUGGAUCCAUAAGUGGCGGCGAUGCCUCGCGUCGUUACUCGUUGGCUGAUGGCAAUGCUCGGCCACCCAUGGAGCUGCCAUCGCGUCUCAAUGAAGAGGUCGAGGAGGAGAAUAUACCGCCGGCACCAGCGCCAGAGCCACCACCAUCCGGAGCCCCACUCAGCCCCAGCACGCACAUAGAUUUGACGCCACCGCCACCAGCCUUGGAAUCCACAACCAUGAGCAGUCCAACGCACAUCCCAAACACCCAUGAGGAGCUGCCCGAUGUGUCGGAUGGCAAGAAAAUUGCCAUUGCCUGCUAUCUGGGACAGCCGGAGUCCUUCGUCAAGUAUUGCGAGGAAAUGCUGGAGGUAGACGACUUCUAUGCCAACAGCGCCAUUAUUGCCAGCCAUGAGGCGGCCGGUCAGCAGGAGGCCGAGCGCAAAAGCUACCCCACAGCCACUUGCAAUGAGUAUGUCAUUGCCUGCACCUACAUUUCCGGCAAGACCACCUGGCAGAAUCUGGACUAUAUAGUGCGCAAGACGUUCAAGGAUUAUCUGGCGCGCAUCGAUCCGGGUACCAACUUGGGACUCAACACAGACUCCAUUACCUCGUACCACUUGGGCGAGGCUAAACGCGGUCCAGAGAUGGGCUUUCCCGAGCUGCUGCCCUGCGGCUAUAUUGUUGGCAAUGUGCGGACUCUCUACAUCUGCCUGCAGGGUGUAGGCAGUCUGGCCUUUGACAGCCUCAUACCACGCAGCAUUGUGCACCGUUACAUUAGUCUGCUAACCGAGCAUCGACGACUUAUCUUGUGCGGUCCCAGCGGCACGGGCAAAUCGUAUCUGGCACGCCGACUGGCUGAGUUCUUGGUGGCACGCGCAGGGCGCGGUAACCCAUCGGAGGCCAUCGCCACGUUCAACGUGGAUCAUAAAUCCUCGAAGGACUUGCGUCAGUAUCUGGGCCAUAUUGCCGAGCAGGCGGCCAUAGCCAAUGGCGUCUCGGAGCUGCCAUCUGUGAUCAUUUUGGACAAUUUGCAUCAUGCCUCGGCGCUAGGCGAUGUCUUCUCCUGUCUGCUCAGCGCCGGACCGGCUGCCAAGCUGCCCUGUAUUAUUGGCACCAUGUCGCAGGCCACUUGCAACACCACCAAUCUUCAACUGCAUCACAAUUUCCGAUGGGUGCUGACUGCGAAUCACAUGGAACCGGUAAAGGGCUUCCUCGGUCGCUUCUUGCGUCGGCGUCUCUUCCAACUGGAACUGCAAACCGGACAUCCCCAGCCCGAGCUCUCGGCCGUGUUGGCUUGGCUGCCUUCGGUUUGGCAGCACAUCAACCGCUUCUUGGAGGUGCACAGCUCGAGCGAUGUGACUAUUGGGCCGCGUCUAUUCCUGUCGUGUCCCUUGGAUUUGAAGGACUCGCAGGUGUGGUUCACCGACAUCUGGAACUAUCAUCUGUCGCCCUACCUAGUCGAGGCGGUGCGCGAGGGAGUGCAGCUCUAUGGACGUCGUGGCGGCGCCUGGAACGAUCCCUCUGCCUUCAUACGCAACUCGUAUCCCUGGCCCUAUGGACCGGACUCGGUGCCACCUUUGCGUCAAAUAAAUGCCGAGGAUGUGGGCCUUGAAGGCGUCGCCUUAAGCAAUGGCGAGCAACAGGAUCCUCUGCUAAACAUGUUGAUGCGCCUGCAGGAGGCUGCCAACUAUUCGGAAACGCAGGAUCAGGAAUCGGACUGCGCCAGCUUGGACUCCAAUGUGACGCCCGAUAGCUCGGCUGGCGCCGAGUAGAGUCCCAAGAGUCCCAACUCACUGACUUCGUACAUGCCAAAUUUUUACAGUUACACUGAGCGUUACGGGGCUGCCAACUUGCUGCCCACAUCACUCUCCCAGCUCCUCACAAUCUAACCGCACAAAUAAAAUUUCUUGCACUACUUUCCAGUCAAAAAGCAGUUCUAAGAGGUUUUCAUUUGCCCCAAAAACACUAUCCAAUAAAAAACUGCAAAUGUAGCGUCGUAAAUUGCACUUUUUAGCGCACUUGUUAAAAAUGCAAAUUGUCAACCACGUCCUCAGUCACAAGAACCACAAAAUUUGCACAGCUUUGGCAACCGGUGGCGCUCAAAAAGAAAAACCUAUCCAAAUACAUACAUAUAUGAAGGAAAACAAAAAUGUAACAUCAAAUGUUAACACAUUGCUAAAAAGAAAAAACCAUUUUGUAUAUAGAAAAGCCACUUUCUCCCCUACAUUAAGUAAAACCUCGAUGGCGGUAUCUACUUUUUAUACCCAACCAGAUGCAGAAAAUUAUCUAAACUGAAUGCAGGUAGUUGUAAGAUUUUGCUACUACAAAUUUACAUGAAUGUACAUUUAAAGGAUAAAGCUUUCACCCUUUAGUUUAAUUAUUUGCAUAAUUCAAAAUAUUGUUACAAACAUAUACACAUAAAUAAUUAUCUAUUAUAUACAUGCUAUAUACAUACAUUAAAUACAAUUUGCAUAUUUAUAAAAAACACUAUUUAAACAACUUAUGCCAUACAGCGCUUAUAAUACAAAAAUAUUGCAACAAAUACGUAAUUCCGAAGGGAUCCCAGCAAAACGAAUAUUCAAACAUAGCUAAAUGAACAAUUCACUACACAGAUCCUAACCCAAAUCGCAUUUGCAGCAACAGCAACAAAAGCAACAAAAACUAACACUAAACUAUAUGGAUAAUGCAAUUUAUGUGUCGUCUAUUUUAAAUGUGUAAA